AUGCAAGAGGUCAGCGCAGGGCUGGAGCGGUUCACCUUCACCUAGGAGGAUGUAGAGCUGCAAAGGGGCACCGGACUCCUGCCUUUCCAGGGCAUGGACAGGUCGGGCUCAGCUGUGUGCAGCUUCUUCGCUAAAGGGCUCUGCCACAAAGGGAAGCUGUGUCCAUUCUGACCCAACCGAGGGGAGACGCGUGUGUGCAAACCCAGGCUCCGGGGGCUGUGCAAGACGGGCGACCAGUGCAAGUUCCGGCACCAGUACGAUGUCACCACAUCACCCGAGUGCUACUUCUGCUCCAAGUUCAUUGACUGCAACAAGGAAUGUCCAUUUCUCCACGUGAAGCCAGACUUCAAGAACCAGGACUGUCUGUGGUUUGACCAAGAUUUCUGCAGGGAUGGUCCCCUGUGUAAAUACCGCCACGUCCAUGGGAUAAUGUGUAUUAACUACUUGGCAGGCUUCCGCCCCGAGGGACCCCCGAGCCACUUUGCACAUGUUGAAAAGAGCUGCUAUGCCAGUCAGACUCGACUGGUAGGAGUUAUCAAAAACUGACCUGGUCUGUCUUGGGAAGUCAAGGACCUUCUUUCUGGUGAAGAUGCCCAAGGCCAUCCUGGGGGAUUCUCUGUCCCCAGCACCCGGGCAAGUCCACUGCCAGCCUCGGCAGGAAAGGAGGUGCAGCAGUGGCCUGCAUGUUUGGGUGCAUUUCCUCUUCUCCUGUAAGUGAACGAGCUACUAAAAAUACAGCGGGAUGGUGGCAGAUUGUGACAGGAACGAGUUAUUCCUAAGAGUGGGGAGCAAAGUCUCCAUAAAACCCAAAGCUCAAAUGUGUAUGGGAGAGACGGUUGUAUCCUCUGCUCAGCUCCCGCGCUGCUGCUGCUGCAGACAGUUCUGGGCGGCACGCGGCAGUUCCUGCGCAUAUGGCCUCCACUGCUGCUAUAAACUGGCAAUUAAAUCAAGUGUUUCUUUAUCAUGACAGCUGCUCCCUAUGGCUUAAAGUUAAGACUAGACUCUGUGCGAGCCUUGUGUGAGGACUGAUGAGAUAGAUGGUUCGUGUGAUGCUUAUCCUGGGGGGAGUGAGGAAGAGACGGGGAAGGUUGAAAGCCGUGCUGUCUACGCCACUGUGUAGCUUAACCCACUGGGAGAGGAGCAGGGAGGCAGAGCGUUUCAGGAGAAAACAGCGCCAAUUUAGUGUGGUAGGACAGGCUCACCGUACCUUUGGCAGAGGCGGGCACCUGCCUUAUCUUGCCUGGAGCAGGGA